AUGGCCUCAUCAGGUGGUGACAUCGAGAUGCUCGAUGCUCCGGUACACGAGAUGGAAAAUCUCGCGAUCGGCUACAACGGAGUUCUGAAGCACGUCGGCCUAGACGGCGAUGCUCGUCUGGAGUCCGGCGUGGACCUGGGUUCCAAAUUCUCAACGAUCAAUUAUGGCCGCGUCCAUCCCAACUGGUCUCUGACCGAACGCAAAGCCGCUCUCACACCAGUACAAGAUAUCAACGGCACAUCUCGAAUCCCAACUAUCGCCAUCUUCGUCCAGAAAACCGACACCCCAAACAACCCACCGUGCGAGCUUGUUUUCGGCGCAGAGGCAGAGGAAGAUCCCAGACCUGCACACGAGAUCCUUGAGCGAAUCGAGUUCUUCAAGCUGUGUCUAGUAGCACCAAACACUGAGUUUCCUCGAGACCAUUCACUACUUACCAUGGUCAUGGAACGGCAACUCACAAUUCGACGACAGGUGGAAGCGGUCCGCAACAAAAUCCCAGAAGGGAAAUACUGCGUGCGCGAUCCCCUUACCGGCCAACCUACUGCUCAUACACUCCAAUCUCCCCGUUGUAUCAUCCGAGAGUUCCUCCGCUUCCUCUUGCGAUCCGCUCAGCAUCAAUAUGCCGAAGCCUAUGGCCUUCAAUCCACCAUAGUGCCAAAGAUUUUCAACGAAAAGGCCGACGCGAUGAUCGCCGUUCCUACAGGAUCGAUCUGGGAGGUCGAGGCCAAGGAUGAACUUCGCAUGUUGUUACACGAAGCUGGAUUUCCGAAAAGCACCUGUAUAUGGUCGGAGCCCAAUGCUUCUGCAAUGUACGAUCUGUCUGAAACUGCUGAAAAAGAGAGCGCCGGAAUUGCUGAUAUCGCCAACAAGGAGGAGGUGCGAAUUGUUUGCGACAUGGGAGGCCUGACUACCGACGUCUGUGGACUGUGUGCCGAAGAAGAAUACAAUACUUCCGCUGUCCAGUUACAGGGGGUGGUUCCUGGAAAAGGCUCGUUCCACGGUUCGCAACGUCAGAAUGAACUGUUCAAGGAGUAUGUUACCGCGCAGUUCCCACUCGGCCUGCUUCCACUCUCGUGGGGCUUCAACGGCAGUGAGAAUGACCUGCUGGAGGCUUUUGAAAGAGGCUUCGAGAUAACAAAGCGAUCGUUUGACGGGGCCGUUCGGGGUUACGAGGUAUGGCCAAUCUACAAGUCUGGACAAAAGCCUCUUUUCAAGAGCGCCAAGGGCCGCGGAUUGGUCCUAAACGAGGAGCAAAUGAUCCUCUCGGCGGUUGUUAUGAAGAUGCUCUUCGACCAGUGGCUAGACCCCAUCAAGUGCAUGUUGGAAGAAUGCAUGUCGAGAAUUGACAGUCCUUGCACACUUGCUCUGACAGGUGGUGGCAGCCGCCCGCCAUACGUGCUGGGCUAUCUGAAACAGCAGCUUGAGAGAACGGGUUAUGGGGUGCAGGCAAAUGAGCGCGUGUCCGUCGGAAUGAUGGCGUCAGAGAUCGAUUCUGCUGUCGCGCGAGGGAACUUUGUCUAUCUCUCAUGUCUGGACAUGAAUCAGGUGCAACAGGCCAGAGCAGAUUUCGCCGUCAAGGGACAGCAACCGUUCGUCACCCAGGAUGCGAACCUGAGCGGAGCGCUCCCGUACACAGCCACUGGCGAAUUCCGUGUCGAACGGCCCCAAUUCCCUUUUGACCAUGUUUUGGACGUGACGAGUUGUCCGGAAUGGGGUACUCCUGACAACGCGGGAGUCUUCGAAAUAAAGAUACCCAAUCUCGAGAGGGGCGGUUGGGUCCUUGAAGAAGAGGUGCACGCGAACAAUGACAGAAGACCUUACGUCGUGAUUGCAUAUCGACUGGAGUUGUUGCUGGAGGAGUUGACGCCGAAGCUAAAACUCGACAUCCUCAGUCGGACGGGCAGACCGCUCGGCGACGACAUGACGCAGAUCAUCCCGCUCAAGACUCUCUACAAGCACCUCACGAGUGCAGGGGACUUCAGGAAGAAGACCGAAGAGUCGUUCGAUGAGGACGUUGCCUUCGAGUGGCAACCGACCGAGUCGGGACCACCGGUGCAGUACACACCGGGAAUCGUGAACCCUGGCGAAUGGUAUGCUGACCCGAACUUCGGACGACUCGAUGAGUUUGAGGACGCUUCAUGA